GGGAUUAAAGGCGUGCGCCACCACCGCCCGGCUCAGCUGUAUUUCUAAUCCAUUCAUCUGUGGAUGCUGAUCUUGGCUUUAAAGGCCUGAUCACCCUUUUACAUUCUGAAGUAGCAUUUUCAAAAGCCAAAGAACAAUUCAAUUAAUAUUCUUCUAACUUCUGGAUCUGAUGGCAUUCUAUUUACAGCUGAAGUCAACAUUUAUUUAUUUAUUUAUUUAUUAUUUUUGUUGUUUUGUUUUUCGAGACAGGAUUUCUCUGUGUAGCUUUGCGCCUUUCCUGGAUCUUGCUCUGUAGACCAGGCUGGCCUCAAACUCACAAAGAUCUGCCUGCCUCUGCCUCCCGAGUGCUGGGAUUAAAGGCGUGCGCCGCCGCCGCCGCCUCCUCCCCCCGGCUCAAUCUUUAUUUAAAAAAAAAAAAAAAACUGAUGAAGGCUUCUUUUGGGCCUUGUAUAAUGGGCCAAGUAAAUGGCUCAGUUCUCUUUCCUGCUUGUUCAAUCUUGUCCUAAGCAUUCAAAGCUGCUGUACAGCACGGGGAUAAGAUGUGAUUGUCAAAUGUAACCUGUCUUUCCACAUUAGCAUAACGGCCCUCCCCAAGAAUUUGAUCUUGGGAAAUCUCAUAACCCUUAACUCUACCUUGCUGUUUGAUGGCCCUAGCUUCAUCUCUCCACUGUGUAGUCCACUGUAACUGAAGACCAGAUUCCAAUAUUGCUGUAGCUAAAUCUUUCCAGUCUUAUGGAAUAAUUCUGUUCUAAGUGGACCAUGAAUUUAACAUCUGCUACACAAAAGGUGAAUGCAUACCAUAUGAAACUAUUGCUUCCUUAAAUCUCUUCAAUCUAAAGUUUCUAGGGGUUCCCAGUUAACUUCUGAAUAGCCUUGGGGAUGCCUAUCAUCGGUGGUCGUUCUUGAAUGGUAACUGGAUAAAUAAAGGUUAUUUUCUAAUAACCUUGGGCCGCUUCCCUUCGGUUUCAUAAUGCCGUGGUGUCGUAACUUCUGCUCUAAACUCCUCUAUCAGUAUGUGAAUAUUUUUUCUUAAUUCCAUUAGUCUGUCUUUAUAGAGAUUUUAUUUUAUCAGUCAAUUUUUCUUAUUUGGCACUGAUAUCAAACAACUUUUGGGGGAUAAAAUAAGAAUUGCUAAAAUGAUAAUUGACAUUAUGUCAGUUCCAGCUAAGUUAAUUAAUUAUCCCUUCAUUUAAUUGUUCAAUUUUCAGACCAUUCAUUGCAGAACUAUACAGAGACCUAACUCCAUGCAUCAUAAUGUUUCCCAUUUUUAUCUUGGGGGGUGAAAAACCUCUUUUCUCUUUUUUAAAUUUGUUUUUUUAUAACCAUUUCCACCCUUUAAGAAUUCCCAGGUGUCUCCCCAGUUCUGCGGACGAUGACAGUGAAGUGUGAGGCUGGCUCAAGCUGUGUAGCAUGCCUGGCCAGAGAACACAGGCAAUCCACAGCUUGGCUGAGUGCAGCUGCAGCUGCUUGCACAGAGUUGUGAGCUGAGAGUAUGUGGUAAUUGCAACAACAAUAGAAGCCAGAGCUGGUGUCCAGGCAGCUGACCUAGUGUGACAGCAGUCACCUGAGGAGGGGGUCCAGGGGAAGCCCUCAACCCAUGGGGAAAAGGAGUCAAGGAGACAGCCAUCUCAAAGGCAACACAAGGGAACAUGUGGACUCAGUACAUGUGACGGGCAGGGAGUGAGAGCACAGAGCUGCCUGAAGGCAGAACCAGCUGGUAGUGGGCUGCUAACUCCAGCAGCAUUUGGAGCCCAGGCACCUGUGGAGUUAGGGGCCUAUGGAGACUGUUGUAGACAGUUGUUAAAUUUUUUUUCGUGUGUAUGAAAUGCUAGGGAUUGCACCCAGGGCCUUAUGCACAUGAUAUAACAACCUAGUUAGAUCUCCAUCCCUAAACCUUGUUGAUGAGAUUUUACAUGUCAUUUUCAUGCUAAACUUUUAAAUAACAUCACAACACUUUCAAAUGCCUUGUAGCUACAUGCAGCUCUUAGAAAGCACAGCUCUGAGCAGUUACCCUCAGCUUCAUUCCUACUUGGUCGAACAAGUUAUACUUAACUCUGGCUUCAAGAUAGAUAUCGUCUAUGACUCCUAACUUGGGUCUCUCAGCCUACCCAAGAAGUAUUGGUAUGGCAGAAUGAACCCAGACGGAAACUCUCCAUUCCGACUGGAUUUGUACAGUGGAUCAUUAAUAAAUGUACUAAAUUGUGAUUAAUUUUCAUACUCCUCACUUACAGUUAUGAUAAGGUAUGCUUGAAGGAUACUAAAAUAGUAAAGUAUUCAACAGUUAGGACUUGUUUAUCCUAUGUAAUUACCCUUUUACCAUUUUUCCAAAGCAAAACAUAUUCGUUAUAUAACACUUCAAGACUCACCUCGGCCAGCGGGAAGACAGCCACCCCCACCUGAUAUAGUUCCACUCAGUCUUGGACUAGCCAGCCAGGGUCCUCAAGGCCUGCCUUGCAGUGCUGGGCAGGUGGGCUUCAUUAUGAUAAGGAAAUAAGUGGUUGAGAAAUGAUAGAGAUAGAGAAGCAGAAUGGGUCAUACACUGUGGAAAGAUACAGAAAGGAAGAAAUGAUGAUGGUGAAGAGUGGGCAGAUGUUGGAGGCCUGCUUGCUACCUGGGGCCAUGGUAGAAGACAGUGAGGAGUAAUCUGAGGGGGCAAGUCUGCACACCACCCAGGGCCAUGGUGAUGUCCAGGCCGGGCUGCUGCCAAGGGCCAUGUCUGAGUCCCCAGUCUACAGAAGCCAGGGUCAGUGUUAAUGUCCAUGGUCCUGUUGCCGUUGAGUUCCAUGUUGAUUCCAGUGGGCUGGGCCACCUCCUGGAGCAAUGUUUGGGUCCACAGGCCACGUUGACACUGGGACCAUGCCAAUUUGGGUGGCCUUUACCACCACCUAGGGUCAUGGUGACAACCAGACUUCAGCUGCUGCCAAGGACCAUGUCUGGAUCCAUAGUCCUACCGCAGCCGAGGUCUAUGGGGAUGUCCAUGGCCCAUGUUCCCACCUAUGGUAUACAGGGGCUAUGCUGCUGCCAGAGCCAUCCUGAUCUGAGUGGCUGGGGCUACCACUUGGAGCUAGGAUGUCAACUGGGCCUAGCUGCUUCCUGGAGCCACGUCUGGGUCCAUGGCCCAGCUACAGCUGGGGUCUGUUGAAGUCUGUGACCCAGGUUGCUACUUGGGCCUACACAGAGGCCUAGGAUCCAGUGCCUUGGGACUGAUUGGAGUCUGGGGACCACAUCACAGCAGGAGUCAUACAGAUAUAGGUGUCCUGUGUUGCCCCCCACGGCCAUAGUGUCAUCUGGUUCCAGGCUGCUGCUGAGGGCCAUGUCUGGGUCUAUGGCCCUGUAGGGGCCAGAUUGAUGAAUGUUGCUCCUGUUACCACAGAGCGCCAUGAAUAUUCCCAGGGUCAGAUCAGCCACCUGAGUCCAGGUUUGUGUCUGAGGGCUAGGAUGCUUGAAGAACUGAGUGAUCUGUGCUGCUACUCAAUGUCAGGGUCUGUGGUGAUGUCUGAUGCUCUCCAUCAAAGGCCAUGCAGACACCUGAGAUUGAGGGCCAUGUUGGUGUCUAUGGGCCAUACUGCCUCUGGGGCAGUGGUGACAUCCAGACCCAGCUGCUGCCAAGGAGCAUGUCAGGAUCUGUGGUCCUACCUCGGCUGUGGUCUGUGCUGAAUUCCAGGUCCUGUAAUGCCACCAAAGGUCACAUAGAGGCCCAGGGAUGAGGCCACAACCUGAGUCCUUGGUGGUGUCUGGUGGCCACCUGAGUGGCCAUUCCUUCCACCCAGAGCCAGGAUGUUUUCCAGGCCCAAGCUGCCACCAAGGGCCGUGUCUGGGUCUGUGGUCCAGCUGCACCUGGGGUCUGUGUUGAUAUCUGUGUCCUGUGUUGCCUCAAGAGGGCUUAGAAACCAUUUGAGAUGAAAUCAGAGGGCCAUGCUGAGCCAGCUCCACCCGUCAAUGGCCAUGGGAAAGUUACCCUUGCCCCUCGCUGGACACUACAACAAGAGAGCACUUGGGAGAGAUGGCCCACACCCCUCACCACAGGCAUGGCUGAACCGACUCUGAGGGCAUGCAUGUAGCCGAGUUGACUCCACCCCUUCAUCCAAGACAGGUGGCCCGGGCGACCCAGACUGACCAGCUCAAUUACCACCCAGGCCCACAGCUGGGCCUUGGGUUGGCCUACCCUAGCAUCUACCCCAUUUAGGACCUGCUGGAGCUUGUGAAAGGACUGGUCCUGUGGAAUGAUAACCCACAGGAUCUCCAAGAACAUUGCUAGUAAAGCUGAUGGGACAAAUGGGUUUACUGCGGCACACCGAAGCCCCCAACGCCACCAGGAUGGAUGGAGAGGCAGGAAAGAAGGAAAAGCAAAGAGGUUUUUUCUGUUUCGUUUCUGCUUUUGUUUACUUGCUUAUUUGUUUUGUUUUCUUUUGUGGGGGACACAGCAGGGGUGAGGAGAGGAUAUGGAGGGACUAGGAGUUGAGCAGAAUAAAAAAAAAGACUCUCAGAUCAGUGAUAUUUAGGUGAUUUCUAAGUGUUCUAAGCAUUAUAAUUUUUUUUUUACAGGUUUCUACCCCAGGAACAGACCUCUUUGCUCAUAUAAUGGGAUGAGCCAGAGUUGUUGCAGCCAGUGCUGAACUCAGGGUGACCUCCCUGCAGGGAUCACAAUGAUGAGUCCAGCUGCUGCCUGCCAUUGGAACGGCAGGGACAUCUGCUCUUGAAAGAAGAAACCCAGGAAUCUGCAGAUCAGUUUUCAAGGCCACAGCCUUUCCCCCUCUGGUACUUUCCGGACCUUAAAACUAGAAAUUACUGACUGGGAAAGGCGGACAUCAUGUUCACAGCGCCUGGCGUGGCGGCGGUUGGCGGAAGGCCUUAUUCCUGCAGUGAGUGUGGCAAAAGCUUUCGGUACAGUGCAGUGCUGCUGCGGCACGAACGUGCCCAUGGUGGUGACAAACGUUUCCGCUGUCUCGAGUGUGGUGAACGCUGUGCUCGAGCCUCAGACUUGCGUGCACACAGGCGGACCCAUGCUGGCCAGACCCUCUACGUCUGCAGUGAGUGUGGCCAGAGCUUCAGUCACAACAGCCUGCUGGACCUACACUUGGGGACACACCGAAGGCGUAGCCACACCUGCCCCUGCCGCCUCUGUGGCCGUCGCUUCCCUCACAUCCCUGCACUACUGCUGCAUCGGGUCCGACAGCACCCACCUGAGAAGCCCCACCGCUGCCCACACUGUGCCCGCUCCUUUCGGCAGAGUGCUCUUCCUUUUCACCUGGCACGGGUGCACCCCCCAGAGACCACCACUGCCACCGCUCCUUCCCCCAGCCCGCUGCACCACUGUACACAGUGCCCACGGGCCUUUCAUAGCAGUGCUGGGCUGCGGAACCAUUCCCGCAUCCACGUCGUCCUCAGCCUCAGCGACCCUGGCGCUGAGGCCCACCAGUGUGGUGUGUGUGGUAAGAGCUUCAGCAAGAGUUCCACACUCACACGACACCUCCAGAGGCACUCAGGGGAGAAGCCCUACAAGUGCCCUGAAUGUGGCAAGGGCUUCUUGGAGAGUGCCACGCUGGUGCGGCACCAGCGAACACACACUGGAGAAAAGCCAUACGCAUGUAGCGACUGCGGGCGCUGCUUUAGCGAGAGUUCCACACUGCUGCGCCACCAGCGCAGCCACCAGGGUGAAAGGCCCCACGUGUGCCCUACUUGUGGCAAGGGCUUUGGACAGCGAUAUGACCUUGUGGUGCACCAGCGCAGCCACACGGGGGAGAGGCCUUUCCCGUGCCCAGAGUGCGGCCGGGGCUUCACAGACCGCUCAGACCUCACCAAACACCUGCGCACACACACUGGGGAAAAGCCUUACCACUGUGAGCUGUGUGGCAAGCGAUUCACCUGCAUCUCCAACCUCAAUGUGCAUCUGCGCAAUCAUGCCGGCCAUAAACCACACAAGUGCCCAGAGUGUGGCAAGUCCUUCAGUGUUGCUUCCAAGCUUGCACUGCACAGAAAAACACACCUAGGUGAGCGGACAGCAGAAUGCACGGAGUGUGGCAAAUUCUUUAGCCAUGGCCGAUCACUGUCACAGCACCAGCGGUCCCACAGACGUGCUAGAGCAGCUGCAAUGGCAGCCACUACCACCACCGCUGUAGUCACUGAGGUGACAGUAGGUCCUCCCCUUGCCCUCACAGGGCCAACGGAACAGGAGAGAUCAGGGCUCCUAGUGUCUCCAUUUCAGGAAACUUGCUAAGCAGGCCCUAUAAGGUGGCUGGGUAAACACAUUCAACCCUGAGGAAAAGACAGCUCAGAUGGUUUGGAAGCCAGACCUACUGCUGUUGUUGCAUUGUUACUAGGUACUCACCUAGGUUGCCUUGUCUCUAAACGAAGAUCCCUAACAGCUCUUCCAUCAUCCAUCCUUGUAUUCCCCAGCUCAAAGUCCUAGGAGUCAAGGAACCAAUACCACAGCCCUAUGCAAGACAGACGAGGUGUUUCGUGUUCUGUUUCUGCCACUCUGCUCUCCCUUGGUGUUGGGCCUGAGCUUUUCUUUCUUGGCUCUUCAGGCAACAUAUUUGGUCAGUUAGGUCUCUUGUUUCUUAUCUGCCUGUUAAUCUCUACUGCUUUCUCUUGCUUGAGACGUAGUUGCAGUAUGGAAGGGUGGAAUGGCUCCCUUCUCUAAAGGACCAAGAUCUGUGGAAGUGACUCCCUUCAAAAGGUAAAACACAAAAGUAGGCACUCAUCAGCCUGGCCAUCCAUAUGCCCUUUUACAAGAUGCCUCUUAGGGCCCAACAAAAUGGUUCAGCAGGUAAAGGCACCAGCUGACAACCUGAAUUUGAUCCUUUGAACCCACACAUGUACCAUCCAUGGCACAUGUGCACACAAAGAACUAACCCUCCCCUCCCCCAACAAAUGCCUCUUCGAACAAUUUUCUCUAGCCAGGUAAGAAAUGUUUGCCUUGGGAUGCAGCCCAAGAUUGUGUAAGUCCAUAAAGCCCAGUGACACCAUGUGAAACAAAAGAAUGUUCUUUCCAGAUGAAGCUUCAAGGCAUGAGGAAACAAGUUCCCUGGAGUCCUGGGCAAGGGCAGGAUGUAAAGCCUGGAAUUGGUCAAUGACUGCUUAUAGCUGGUAACAUUGCUAUUUGUUUGGGUUUGUGACACCAACAACCCCUUUGUCAAAAUGAGUUCCAAGUUCUCAUCCCUUUUGGUGGUGGUUUCUUCAUUGCUGUGACAAAUGCCUGAGAAAAUCAACUUAAAGAUUUAUUUUGA